AGCCAGGAGGGGGCGCUCCAGAGCGGGCGGAGGGACCCGCACCAGCUGGGCCGGAGCAAUGGGCGACCAUGGGCUGUACCCCAAGGACUUCCCCGAGCUGCAGAACGACACGUUCCUCCGGGCGGCUUGGGGGGGAGACCACGGACUACACGCCCGUCUGGUGCAUGCGGCAGGCCGGGCGCUACCUGCCAGAGUUCCGGGAGACGCGGGCGGCCCAGGAUUUCUUCAGCACGUGCCGCUCCCCCGAGGCCUGCUGCGAGCUGACCCUGCAGCCGCUGAGACGCUUCCCCCUGGACGCCGCCAUCAUCUUCUCUGACAUUCUCGUGGUGCCCCAGGCGCUGGGCAUGGAGGUGACGAUGGUGCCGGGCAAAGGGCCCACUUUUCCCUCCCCGCUGCGGGAGGAGGAGGACCUGGAGAGCCUGCGGAGCAAAGUGGACGUGGCCGCGGAGCUGGGCUACGUGUUCCGGGCCAUCACGCUGACCCGCCACCGGCUGGCCGGGCGCGUGCCCCUCAUCGGCUUCGCCGGAGCCCCGUGGACGCUGAUGACCUACAUGGUGGAGGGCGGCGGGUCCAACACCAUGGCCCAGGCCAAGCGCUGGCUGUACCAGAGGCCCCAGGCCAGUCACCGCCUGCUGCGGCAACUGACGGACGUCCUGGUGCCCUUCCUCGUGGGCCAGGUGGCCGCUGGAGCCCAGGCUCUGCAGCUGUUCGAGUCUCACGCCGGCCACCUGGGGCCUGCCCUCUUCUCGUCCUUCGCCCUGCCCUACAUCCGCAGCAUCGCCAAGCGGGUCAGAGCCAGGCUGCAGGAGGCAGGGCUGGCACCUGUACCCAUGAUCAUCUUCGCCAAGGACGGACAUUUUGCCCUGGAAGAGCUGGCCCAGGCGGGCUACGAGGUGGUUGGGCUGGACUGGACGGUGGCCCCUUCAGUGGCCCGGGAGCGUGUGGGGAAGGCCGUGACCCUGCAGGGGAAUCUGGAUCCCUGUGCCCUGUACGCCUCCAAGGAGGAGAUCGGGCAGAUGGUGAGCCAGAUGCUGGCGGCCUUCGGGCCCCACCGCUACAUCGCCAACCUGGGCCACGGGCUCUACCCGGACAUGGACCCGGCCCACGUCGGGGCCUUCGUGGAGGCCGUACACCACCACUCCCGCCGCCUCCGCCACGACAAGUGACCCCCUCCUCCCUCCGGGCGGGGGCCCAACGCCCCAGGCUCGCUGGGGCCGGCCGGCCGGCCAGGGGCACGGGACCGGAUGGGGCCCCCGUCCCUUCCUGCGGCCUCCCCUCACGGCUGAUCCCGGGUGGGUCAGCGUGCAGGGCGGGUCUUUGUGGACGGGGCCCGGCUCCUCAAAGAAUAAAAGAUGGCAUCCUU